ACAAAAGGCAGAAAGUGCAAAUUACAUAUAUCGAAAAAAUGGAAGAUGUAAAGAAGCGUGUUCAUGAUGAAGAUGUUGAAAGUGGGGAUGAAGGUGCACUUUCUGCAACUGGAGACAGCAGCACUACUAUUCCGAAGAAGCGCGGUCGUCCAUCCAACCCAGAGAAGGUAAAGAAACCGCCAAGCGGCCGUGGCCGUGGUAGGCCUGCUAAGAACUCUGCAGGUAGCGUUGCCGGCAAAAAGAGUGCCCCUGAACCGGUUUCUGACGAUGAUGCGCCGGUAGCCGCAAAUGGUAGUGGUGGUGGCGGUCGUGGGCGACCUCCGAAAGCUGUAGCAACACCCGGAAAAGGUCGUGGUCGGCCAAAGAAACAACCACAAGCGUCAGAAGAAGACGAAGAAGAAGCGGGCGGAGAUGGUGAAGAGGACGAUGAGCAAAGUGACUACAAACCAAGUGGCAAGAAGCCGGGACGCAAGUCAAAAUCACCGAAAAAAGUUGCUAAGCCAGCAAAAAAGGCAAAAAGCGAUGAUGAAGACGAAGAAUCGGCUGAAGAAAAGCCUGUUGCCGGACGCGGACGGGGUAAAAAGGCUGUAGCAGUUGCCCCAAAACGACCUGCAGCUACUGCUGCCAAUGGUGGAGUGCCGAAAAAGCGUGGUCGACCCGCUAGUUCGAAGAAAGCUACACCUGGAAAACCCGGUCGCAAGCCUGCUAAAGCUGCAGAUUCCGACGAUGAGGAUUCCAAGGAUAAUGACGAUGAAAUUGAGACAUCUGAUGAAGAUCAAAAGAAAUCCAAAAAUAAAGACACUGACGAUGAGGCCGGUGCAAAUAGCAACGAGGACGAAGAUGAUUUGGCAGAUGGCGAGGAAUCCGCUGCUUAAGGCCGACAUAUUAAUCGUGGAUUUAAAUUGCGGCAAACAGAAAAUAUGUUUCUGUAGUUAUAUUAAGCGUCAUUAACGUAUAUUAUACAUACAUAAAAAAAAAACACAUCUUCAUAUGCAUUUAUAGAACCACAAUAAAUAAUAGUAAUAAGUUUGAUAAAGUUUGCAUGCAAGUAUCUACAAGUUCAUGCACUUGCAAAUGGAUAGAACAAAACUUAAACUUUCAUUAUAAAAAUCAACAUCACAUUUCAAAAUUUAAAUAUGUUGGCCAUUGUAGUUCCACAUACGGCACCAACAUACCAAAUUGCAUUUUGCAUUUGCUUUUUUCUAUGUUCUAGUUUGCCAAUAUCGAUAUUUACCUAAUUUGAAUAUGAUUACUUUUAUGUUUUUAAGCAUUAGUGGUUUAUCGUACUGUAUUUGUAGUAAGUAAACAUCUAUAAAAUAGAAAUUGAUUGUCAGCAAAUGUGUAAACGGUUUUAAAUAAACUUUCCAUGUGCAACCUUAAUUUGCAUUUACUUU